AUGCCAUUCAUGCAUAACAACAUCAUAACGUGUAAUAGUAUUUUCUCUGUCCACCCCAGAGAAUGACGAUGUGUAUAAACUAUAAAACUAGAGGAGAGGCAUCAAAGAAGCCAGAAUAUUCAUGCAUAACAUCAUCAUGUCUCGUGCCCAUCAGGAGGAGAUGAACACCAACCAGAACCUGUACCAAGGCUACGUGGAGCUCUACCACAACGGCCUCUUCCACAUCAAGUCCACGGCGCUGAGGUGCGCGGUUGAGCUAGGCAUCCCCGACGCCAUCCACCGCCGCGGCGGUGCGGCGACGGUCUCCGACUUCGCCGUCGACACCAGCGUCCACCCGGCCAAGCUCCCGUGCCUCCGGCGACUCAUGCGCAUGCUUACGGUCUCCGGCAUCUUCGCCGUUGAUCAUCAGCUAGCACCUCCCUCCGACGACGACGAGGGCGAGACCGUCUACAAGCUCACUCCAAUCUCCCGCCUCCUCGUCGACGACGAUGACGACGGGGCUUCUUCGCCUCGGCGUGGCGGCAUGUCCGCGAUGCUGUGCCUCCUGGCGCGCCCCGACACGGCGGUCGCCCCGUUCUUCGGCCUGGGAGCGUGGUUCAGAGAUGCCGGGGGCGCGACGCUCUUCGAGGCGGCGCGCGGGGCGCCCACCUGGAGCCUGACGAGGAGCGACGCCUCGUACAACGAGGCCCUGAACAACGGGUGCGCCGCGGACAGCAGAUUCGCCAUGGACGCCGUGCUGAACGACGGUGCCGGCGCGGCGAGCAUCUUCCGGGGGCUCGGCUCCCUGGUCGAUGUCGGCGGAGGCCACGGCGCGGCCGCGGUAGCCAUCACCAGGGCCUUCCCGCACAUCAAGUGCAGCGUGCUGGACCUCGAGCAAGUGGUCAGCAAAGCACCUUCUGAUGGCACGGUGCGGUUCAUCGCCGGCGACAUGUUCCAGUCUAUCCCACCUGCGGAUGCUGUUUUACUGAAAUAUGUUCUGCAUUGUUGGGAUGAUGACGACUGCGUUAAGAUACUUCGGCAGUGCAAGAGAGCAAUUUCAUCAGGAGACGGUGUAGGAAAAGUGAUUAUUAUGAAUGUUGUGGUUGGAUAUGGGACGCAGGACAGUAGUGUUCUCAAAGAGACGCAUGUGUUAUUUGAUAUGUUCAUGAUGCGGUAUGGCGGGGCCGAGCGAGAAGAGCACGAGUGGAAGAAGAUUUUCCUUGAAGCUGGAUUCAGCGACUACAAGAUCACGCCGAUAUUAGGUUUUCAAUCGCUCAUUGAGGUUUUCCCAUGAAAGGAAAUUGUCCACAUGAUGAUCAUUAAGUUAAUAAGACACACCAUGAGUUAUGCUACGUGCAGGUGAUAAUGUUUGGGAAGAAUUUCAUGGUGCUCGAAGGUGUAUGGAAUAAAGUAGCACAUGAGCUCGCCGACACAGUUAACGUUGGUGCUCGUAAGGUUGUGGAGUCAUUACUUCUGUGUUUUGUGGGUUGUAAUGCCCCUAACUUUGUAAACGCUUUGGUUAAACGAGUCUGUUGUUGUGGCCUGGUAAUGGAAUGAGUAUGUUCCUUUUUAUGAAAAUAAAUUCAUGCAUACAGAAUUUGGCAAAAGAAA